UUUUUGCGCAUUUUCAAAAUAAUGAUUUAAUUUUAGCGAUGGAAAAACACAAGUGUUACUAAAAAUAACCUUAAAAGCAUAAAUACUUAAGGCAUCUGUAACUAUGGGCAUUGGCAUAGGGAAAGUGUAGGUGAAUCUUUCUUAUAUCUGUCAACAUAGAAGAAAUUUAUCAUGCCAACUGUGAUGUCAAAAGAAGACUGGCUCAAAGGAGUGAUGGGUUUAGGAAUAGUUAAGGACGCACUCAUUCCUACACUCAAAACACAUUAUUUACAAAAAGCUAAAGAAUGGAACACAGAUGACGAUCACCUUAAACAUUUGCUUGAUCUUGGAGCGGCAAAUGAAGUAAAGCAAGUAAAAAGAGAGGAAUCUACUUGGUAUGUUAACUGCUCUGAAUGUCGAUCCAUCUUGAAAAUGAUUGAGAUGACACAUAGCCGACCAGCACGCUUGAUGUGGAUGAAUAAUCAAAGGGAUGACUCUUGUCCUAGCGAGUACAGAUUGGCUAAAAUCUUUAUGCCUGGUGGGAAUAAAAUGACCAAAGAUUACAGCGAUCUCGAUGCGUUGGUAAUUUUGGAGAUUCUGAAGAACAACACACGGUUUGGGCACAUGAAAAAUGAAAUUUUGAAUCUAAUAGUGAUCAGAAACAGACUGAUGCAUUCAAAUGAUAAUUGUAUCAGUGCGGAUGAAUUGAAAGCAGCUUUUACUACAAUGAAGAAACUUCUACAAGACGAUAUAUUCAAAAACUUGGAGGAAUGUACAACGGCGGUUAAAGAACUGGAUAAGUUAAAAAAGGAAAAUAUAAUUUAUGAAAUUGAUGAAUCAAACGAAACUUGGAAACUCGCUAUAGAUAUUCAGAAAAAAGCACGUGGGGGUGAAGGAAUUGCAAAACCAAGUCCUGAAGCCAUGAACAUAUUGCUGAAAAAUAUUCAAGCUGAACUUGAGAAGGAAAAAAAUGAGCUUCAGAAGGAAAAAAUGGAACAGAAGAAGCUGAGGUCAGAGCUCUCAAAAUCUGAAGAACAAAGGAAAGCGGAGCAAAAGCAAUGGAAAUAUAAGCAAGAAAGGGUCGAAACUGAUCUAAAAAAUGUACAAAGCAAAUUGAAGGACUCUGAAAAAAAAUAUAACAUUGACGUAGAAAAUUUAGAAGCUGAAAAUAAAAAACUAGUAGAUGAGCUGCUAAAACAUGAUCCAUCAAUAGCUGGAAGAAUUGCAAAAGGAGCAGUAACUGGAACAGGUGUCGGUAUUUUAGGUGGACCAAUCGGAGCAAUUGUAGGGGGUGCUGCCGGAGGUGUGGUGGGAGGUGUUUCGUUCUUCUGGGACAAAAUCACAAAGUAACUGUUUGAUAUGAAUACGACAAAGAAUUCUAUUUGGUACAUUUUAAGCCUUGUAAUUAUUCAGUUUUUGCCAGAAAGCUACAGCAAUAAAUUUGUACAUAAUUAUGCAUUUUCAAUGAGCAGUUGAAUGUGGAAGCUUUCAGAAGUGAAUUUCAUUUGCUUACCGAAAGACACCAAAUAAAAAAUCCCGUGUUAAUGAUAUGUUAUUAUCCCCCGCCGAAAGGCGGCGGGGGAUAUAGAAAUAGUCUCCGUCCGUCUGUCCUUUCGUCGGACAUUUUUGUCCGGAGCAUAUCUCAAAAAGUAUUUGAGGUAUCAACUUGAAACUUUAUAGGUGGAUUGAUCAUAUUGAAGAGGAUUGCAGUGCACAAUAAUGAUAACUCUACCCUGCAUAAUUUUUCAGUUAUUGCCCUUUGUUACUUUUCAAACUUAAUUUUUGUCCAGACCAUAACUCAAAAAGCCUUUGAGAUAUCAACAUGUAACUUCAUGAGUGGAUAGAUCUCACUCAGAAGGUGUGCAGUGCACAAAAAUAAUAACUAUACCAUUCAUAAUUUUGGGUUAUUGCCCUUUGUUAUUUUUCAUACUUUAUUUUCAACUUAGUGGAGCAUAACUCAAAAAGUCUUUGAGAUGGCAACAUGAAACUUCAUAGAUGGAUAGAUCUUAUUGAGGAUGAAUGCUGUGCAUAAGAAUGUUAACUUUACCUGUUAUAAUUUUUGAGUUAUUGCCCUUUGUUAUUUUUCAUACUUUUUGUCCGGAGCUUAUCUCAAAAAGUGUUAGAGGUAUCAACUUGAAACUUCAUAGGUAGAUAAAUCUCAUUAAGGAGGAGUGCAGUGCACAAGAAUGAUAACCCUACCCUGCAUAAUUUUUGAGUAAUUGCCCUUUGUUAUUUUUCAAACUUAAUUUUUGUCCAGAGCAUAACUCAAAAAGCCUUUGAGAUAUCAAAAUGAAACUUCAUGGGUGGAUAGAUCUCACUCAGAAGGUGUGCAGUGCAAAAGAAUAAUAACUAUACCAUUCAUAUUUUUUGAGUUAUUGCCCUUUGUUAUUUUUCAUACUUUAUUUUCAACUUAAUGGAGCAUAACUCAAAAAGUCUUUGAGAUGUCAACAUGAAAUAGAUCUUAUUGAGGAUGAAUGCUGUGCAUAAGAAUGAUAACUUUACCUGUAAUAAUUUUUGAGUUAUUGCCCUUUGUUAUUUUUCAUACUUUUUGUCCGGAGCUUAUCUCAAAAAGUGUGAGAGGUAUCAACUUGAAACUUCAUAGGUGGAUAGAUCUCAUUGAGGAGGAGUGCAGUGCACAAUAAUGAUAACUCUACCCUGCAUAAUUUUUCAGUUAUUGUCCUUUGUUUUGUUUUUUUUCAAACUUAAUUUUUGUCCAAAGCAUAACUCAAAAAGCCUUUGAGAAAUCAACAUGAAACUUAAUGGGUGGAUAGAUCUCACUUAGGAGGUGUGCAUUGCACAAGAAUGAUAGCUCUACCCUUCAUAUUUUUUGAGUUAUUGCCCUUUGUUAUUUUUUUACUUAAUUUUUUACCUUAGAGGAGCAUAACUCAAAAAGUCUUUGAGAUGUCAACAUGAAACUUAAUAGGUGGAUAGAUCUUAUUGAGGAGGAAUGAUGUGCACAAGAAUAAUAACUCUAUCCUUAUAUAAUUUUUGAGUUAUUGCCCUUUGUUAUUUUUCAUACUUUUUGUUCCGGAGCUUAUCUCAAAAAGUGUUAGAGGUAUCAACUUGAAACUUCAUAGGUGGAUAGAUCUCAUUGAGGAGGAGUGCAGCACACAAGAAUGAUAACCUUCCCUGAAUUAUUUUUCAGUUACUGCUUUUUGUUAUUUUCAGUCAUCAGUAUUCACAUAGGUUUCAAAUCUGUAAUUACUUUAGCCAUCAGUUUUCAUUACAAAAGAACCUCUUUAGAUUGAAUUAUUCUGCUCUACUACAUAUACAUUCUUACAAUGAGCAAACACAUUCGGCGGGGGAUGGCCAUGCUAGCAUGGCUCUUGUUUGAUAAUUGGUAUGUUAAGUUGAUGUAAAUUUCUAAAUUUUGAUAUAUUUUUGCAUAUAUGUUUUAUAAUAAGUAUGUAUUAAUGUGAAAACGUGAGUGUAGGUUACACUUGGGGGAAAUCACGACAGUUCCAUUUAGUAACACAUAUUGCAGUGUCUAGAUUUAAAAAUUAAAAGAUGUUACAAAACUCUGAAAUAACCUUUGAAGGUAAAAGCAGAUUUACCACCAUCAUAGUAUCUUUAAUGAUACUUCUUGUUAAGACUUGACAAGUUUCCAAAUCAUAAUGUGAGGGAUUAUUCUACAAUAUUUAGAGUUAAUGUUUUAUAUUUUAUCGUACGUUAUGCAAGCUUCUUUAAACAAGUUAUUCUUUCAAUUGCAUGUUCUCAGUCUAUACAAUGUGUGUGUAUACAAAACUGCGUCCAACAUUAAGAAAUAUCACUUCAAAGACGCAUUCUGUGUGUGCUGUUUGUGUGUGGGUGAGCGCGUGUGUGUGCGUGUUUGUUUGUUGUGCUUUUUGCUUUUUUUACAUACAUUGUACUUUAAGUUGUCCGGAAAUAACUUUAAUAUUGUUUAGUACUUAUUUUUUAAAGCUUCUAUUUGUAUGUAUGUAUCUUAGUUAUUAAACCUGUAUCGUAAUAAAUAAAAACGUAUAAGCAAUGUUG